CGCUCCACCCGUGCCUGGCUGCCCGCGCCGAGCCUCGGGCGUCCACAGCGCGACUGUCGCCCGUGCAGCCAGCGCCGCCCUCGGCUGCGCCGCGCACCCUGCCUCCUCCCUUUCUGCCGUCGCCGCCGUCGGACACGCAGCCGCAGGCCGGGGCCGGGCCGCAGCUGGGGAGUCAGGGGCGCGCGCAGCCAACCCUUCCCCCUCCGGCUCCCGCACCGCCCGCCGCCUCCCCUCGCCCUCCUACUCUCCCCUCCCUGCUCCUUCGCCGCUUCCUCCUCCUCCUCCUCUCCGGGCCCCAGCUGCCAGCACCAUGUCCGCAGGGGGAGAUUUUGGGAACCCGCUGCGAAAAUUCAAGUUGGUGUUCCUGGGGGAGCAGAGCGUCGGGAAGACGUCUCUGAUCACGAGGUUCAUGUAUGACAGCUUCGACAACACAUACCAGGCAACCAUCGGGAUUGACUUCUUGUCAAAAACCAUGUACUUGGAAGACCGUACGGUUAGACUGCAGCUCUGGGAUACAGCCGGGCAAGAGAGGUUCCGCAGCCUGAUCCCCAGCUACAUCCGGGACUCCACAGUGGCUGUUGUGGUGUAUGACAUCACUAAUCUCAACUCCUUCCAGCAGACUUCUAAGUGGAUCGAUGAUGUCCGGACAGAGAGGGGCAGUGACGUGAUCAUCAUGCUUGUGGGCAACAAGACGGAUCUGGCUGACAAGAGGCAGAUAACCAUCGAGGAAGGGGAGCAGCGGGCCAAAGAACUGAGCGUUAUGUUUAUCGAGACCAGCGCGAAGACCGGCUACAACGUGAAGCAGCUCUUCCGACGUGUGGCAUCGGCUCUGCCCGGCAUGGAGAAUGUCCAAGAGAAGAGCAAAGAAGGGAUGAUUGACAUCAAGCUGGACAAGCCCCAGGAGCCCCCAGCCAGCGAGGGUGGCUGCUCCUGCUAAUGCAGAGCCCACUCGGCUUCCUCAACACUACUCACUUGUAUUGCCUCCUAUUGGUUAGCUUCCUAAUGGGGUGGGAAAUGAGUUUAUGAAUGGGAGGAUCUUUCUUUUCUCUCUCUCUCUCUCUAGGAGUAGGGUGGGACAUGGGGAGGGAGGCUGGGCAUCAGGGACCACGUCACUCUUAACAGCUGUUACCUAAACAACUAUUUUUUGGUUUGGUUGUAAUAUAUUGUACUUUAUUAAGAUUGCCAAAAACUGUUAAAAUUAAAAAAAAAAUUUAAAUCAUGUGUAUACAAACUUUUUGCCAGAUAAAAAAAGUAGUCAUUUUUAUUUGAAAGAUGUGCUUUUUUUUGUUUUUGUUUUUGUAUAUUUGUAAACUUAAUAGAGAACCUCUCCACACACCUCUUCCUUCCUGUUCUCUUGGAACUGUGUGUCAUCUCUACCUUCCUCCCACCCCCAGCCCUGUAAAUUAAAGCAAUUAACUGAACGAUACUAAUUAGGUUCCAGUCCUGGGUCACAUGACUCAGACCAUCCUAGCCCUCUACCCAGGCUCCCCUCAGUCAAAUCAGACUCUAGUUUAACAAAACAGCCUUAGAGGGGGCAUUGUUCAGUCCUUCCUCAACAGAGUGGGACGCAUUAGCUGGCCCCUGAGUGGAAAUGAAGGCCCGUGGACUGUAGCAUCAGCAGCAAUUCUGCCUGUCUCCUCCCCUGAAAAAACAUGGCGACAGAGAGCACAGGCAACCAACCAUGUGUUCUCUGUGCUGACCCAGUGACGAGCAGAGCGAGAAGUUCCUGGAAGGAUGGGGUGCUCCUGGCAGUUGAGGGCUGAGGCAGUGUGGGGUUCUCAAAUGUUGUAACCUACUGGCCCAACAGUUGGCACAUGUAGUUAGGCUGACUAGCCAACUCAAUGUGUGAGGCUGGGUGGCUCAGAGAUGCUUCUGAAGCCUGGGGCACACGCCAUCCAUCCACCCGUGAUUGGGGAGGUGAAGGAUGUCUGCCCAGACUCUCAACAGUAUGUGUCCUCAGACCCUCUGUUGUGGAAACAUUGGUUCCUUGAUGUGUUUCCACCCCUGGCAUGGUACAUUUGAAAUCUUUGUAAGAGUAACUUUGGGAGUGUUGUGGCUGCACCACAGGCAUCUUGGGGUUACUGUGGGGUUUCCAGAAGGUUGCCCAGGGCACUGUACAACCUGCCCGCAGCAAACCGUCUUUGCUAUUUCCACGCGUUCCUGAGACUGCUUUAGUCUUAAAGACCUUCAAAGGCUCUAACAGAGUGCUCUCCUCGAGGUAAAGUAAUUCACAUUCUAAAUGCUCCUAGACUCACUGCCCCAGGCCUGCCCAAAGACAGACAGGGGCAGUGACUAAUCAAACAUCCCAGCCCCAUAGCACUGGCUCUUCUCCAGACCGAUGAUGGGCAGGGUAAAUGCAGCCACAGGGCAGGACUCCAGCAAGGGGGUUGGAAUGAAUUAUGGAACUUCUCAGAAAUGAGUUCAAAAUGGCAGCCUACAUGGCGAGGGGGAGGGGGGGCUGAUUUUGUGAGUGGGCGUGCCGUGCUUCUCCAUGCUAGGGGAGCGUCAGAGCCAGUUCUGGUGAAGAAGAGAGGAAGCAGGAACCUCCUGGGUAGCCCUUCCAGAAGGCAAGGACCAAUGUACAAGUGUAAUGGAAACGUCACGUGUUUAGCUUUUUUAUGUGUGUACAUAAUUAUACAUAGAGAUAGACUUGUGUAUACCCCUCCCUGCCCCACACAUCCUCUCAUAUACAUGUGCUCAAUGUAUAUUCCUGUCGCCCCCGCUCUCAAGUUGGAACUUGCAUUGUGAUUCCUUUUGGAAGUUCAAAAGUAUGCAGUGUAUUGAAAUAAGAAAUACUCAAUAUUGUCAAAUAACUUGUCGUCUUGCCUUCAAUAAAAUAGUGCAUAGAUGUGUUAAAAUACAA